AUGUCUAAUUUUGACUCCUUAUAUCAACGCAGUCUAUUUUUCACUCCCGACCAACAAGACCUUCUCUUCGCGACCCUUUCAUCUCCGAAUCAGGCGGGUAAACCGCAAGAGGACACGACCUUUGACGGCGUACCUGUCAAAACACAGCAGUCGCCACAUAUGGAAAACCGAAACGGCGCGUCCUCUAAUGAACUGUUCAACUCUCCUUCCGAUCAUGCUGCUCCUGGGUCAGGGCGUCUAAGUUUUGGCGAUGAUAGCCCCUUUCUGGAUUUUACUCUUGAUCCCGACUUUGAAGCUAUUGAGGAAGAUCUGAUCGGUGAUAUUCCUACCAUGGAGGUUCGUGAGAAAAGAAAGAGCAUCGACGGAAAAGAGGAAGAAGAAAGUGGGAAAAAGAGAAAGGAGAGCGAUGAGAAAGUGGCAAAGAAACCUGGGAGGAAGCCUCUAACAUCAGAACCUACUUCGAAGCGUAAGGCACAGAAUCGGGCGGCCCAGCGAGCUUUCCGUGAACGUAAAGAAAAACACCUCAAAGAUUUGGAAACUAAGGUUGAGGAUCUGGAAAAGGCGUCCCAGGCGGCCAACAAUGAGAACACUCUACUUCGUGCUCAGAUAGAAAGGCUGCAGGUUGAACUCAGAGAGUAUCGCAAGCGCCUUUCAUGGAUGAGCAGCGGGAACAACUAUUCCCUACCUCCAACUGCUGCCACCCGAAACAACGAUCUUCGCUCAUCACGAUUCAAUAACGACUUUUCUUUCGAGUUUCCAAAGUUCGGUGAUCUCCCGGGCGCAAUGUUUAACAAUAACUCUUUGGCAAAAACCCAAGGUCCUCCAAAUUCGUCUCAAGUAUCGUCUUUGCCGGCAAUGCAAUAUAAAGCGCCAGGCGUUUUGAAUAGGGAUAUGUUUAAGGGAUCGUAUGGCAUAUCUGCCCAGUCCACUGGUUCGGCGUCCGCGGCAAAUUCCCAGAUCGAGGCAUAUCGUUCGCUUUACGGACGUGGUGCUGGUACUACUAAAAAUGUCUCCACCUCCAGCCAUUUUAAUGGAACUGGCUCUGCUGCUAAACCGCAAAACGGCACUGAUCAAACUAAACGGCAAGGCAGCUACUCAUCCCAUAAAUCUGGACUUCAAGGUGCAUCCAACACAAAUUCUCCUUCUACUUCCUCAGAAUCUCAUCAUGGCCGAACUUCAUCCAUUGGGACAUCUCCCGAGCCCGCUGUGAACUCACCUCAAACAGCAAAGGUCAAUCGCCAAUCAGCACCAAAUAUAUCCGGCAAUAGCCCCGCUACCCUAGACGAAUGUGAGAAAUCCUUUUAUGAAAAGCUCAACGAAGCGUGUGGGUGUGCUGAAGAUCCAGUUCCGGUAGCCUUGUCCCGUCUAAAGGAGAGUCCGAAUUCUUCUAACCAGCAAACGAACCCUGAACGCAACACCGAUGAUUCUCUUGGACUCAACCUUCUUGUUCAGCAGAAUGGUGGUCAAUUCGACCCAAUCCUUUUCAAUGAUUAUCGCGAACCACAAGAUGCGGUCUUGUCUCAGGAUUUUGGGAGCUUCUUCAAUGAUGCAUUCCCUCUUCCAGAGCUGGGCAACUCAUUCCCGAGCUUCGACCUUGGCACUAGCCCAGCUUCAAAACCUGAUCUGAUCACUCAGAUCGAUCGCUCCUUAGAUGCUGAUGAGGAAGUCGUUCCCGGCGAGGACAGGUCACAAAUGAUGACUUGCACCAAGAUAUGGGACCGCUUGCAAUCCAUGGAGAAGUUCCGUAAUGGUGAAAUUGAUGUCGACAAUCUAUGCACGGAAUUACGCACCAAAGCGCGCUGUUCUGAGGGCGGUGUUGUCGUCAACCAGAAAGAUGUCGAGGACAUAAUGACCCGAGCUUUAUAA